UCAAACUUGCCACAGUCGAUAACGAGCUUCUCGCUCUGUAUAUAUAGAGAACUUCUCUGCUCAAUCAAAAUCAUCCUCUCGUAGUGUCUCUGCCUCCAUUCUCUCUCUUCAACUUCCUUAGUGUUUUGUCCCUGACCUCGAGUCAGGAUAUUACGACUCCUUGAAUCGGGACAAACACUCAAAGGGGUUAGAGACUGAAUGUGUAGAGCUUCUGACACAUCCGAUUCGUUACAAUUUUGUACAAUUGUCAUCAUUAUACGGAGUUGGUGAAGCCACACUCCAAUUCCUUGCAUUUUUCAGUAGCUCGUGACGGGUUAAUUUAUGCUUCACGAGUUACGCGUUUCAAUUUAGUUCUGAGACUCGGAUUCCUAAGCUAUGGCUCCGAACAGCGACUGGCAGGAGGGAAACGCCAAGGGCGAGCCCGGAUCGUCCUUGCAUGGAGUCACUGGUCGAGAGCCCGUGUUCCAGAUGACUAUGGAGACUGUGGGCGAGAAAGAAGCCACAGAUCUUAAGGGGAGGAAGUUCGCUCUUCCGGUCGAUUCCGAGCAUAAGGCCAAGACCGUGAGGCUCUACUCCGUGGCUGCUCCUCACAUGAGGACUUUCCAUCUGUCGUGGAUCGCGUUCAUGAUCUGCUUCUUCUCCACCUUCGCCGCACCGCCUCUCAUGCCCGUCAUCCGGGACAACCUCGGUCUCACCAAAGUGGACAUUGGCAACGCCGGCAUCGCCUCGGUCGCUGGAGCUGUGGUGUCUCGGCUGCUCAUGGGCACCAUCUGCGACCUCGUGGGGCCUCGCUACGGCUGCGCCAUUCUCAUGAUGAUCACGGCGCCUGCCAUCUUCUGUAUGCCUCUUGUGUCCACUCCGGUGGGAUUCAUCCUGGUGCGAUUCUUCAUCGGCUUCUGCCUGGCGACGUUUGUGUCGUGUCAGUUCUGGAUGAGCUCCAUGUUCAACAGCAAAAUCGUGGGAAUCGCUAACGGAACGGCAGCCGGAUGGGGGAACAUGGGAGGAGGCAUCGUUCAGCUGGUGAUGCCCCUGGUGUUCGACAUCAUCCGCCGAGACAUCGGGAGCGAGAAGUUCACAGCCUGGAGGAUCGCCUUCUUCGUCCCCGGCGUGCUGCAAGUAAUGAUGGGAUUGCUGGUGUUGACCCUGGGCCAAGAUUUGCCCGACGGAAACUAUGCUGAGCUGAAGAGAGAGGGCGAGAAAGUGAACGACAGCUUCCAGAAGGUGUUUCUGUACGCUGUCACCAACUAUCGCACGUACAUUUUUGCAUUGACAUAUGGUUAUUGCUUCGGAGUGGAGCUCACAGUCGACAACAUCAUCGCAGAGUAUUUCUACGAUCGCUUCGACCUGAACCUGCAGACUGCUGGAAUCAUCGCAUCCACAUUCGGGCUCAUGAACUUGUUCUCUCGCCCUCUGGGAGGAGUCCUGUCUGACGUUGUGGCUGCGAGGUGGGGAAUGAGGGGCCGCCUGUGGAAUCUGUGGAUCAUCCAGACGGUGGGAGGAGUUCUGUGCAUCGUUCUGGGUCUCACGGGUCAACUAGGACCUGCCAUCGCCGUAAUGCUCAUCUUCUCGUUCUUCGUCCAGGCAGCUUGCGGUGCCACUUUCGGUGUCAUUCCAUUCAUCUCCAGACGAUCACUUGGAAUCAUCUCUGGCGCCACUGGGGCUGGUGGAAACAUUGGAGCGGUUACCACUCAGGGAAUUUUCUUCAUGAGCUCCAAGUACACAACGGAGGACGGGAUCAUGCUGAUGGGCAUCAUGAUUGUGGCCUGCACUCUGCCUGUUAUCUUCGUCCACUUCCCGCAGUGGGGAAGCAUGUUCUGCCCUCCGUCCAAGGCCACGGAGGAAGAUUAUUACAUCUCCGAGUGGAGCAAGGAAGAGCAAUCCAACGGUCUCCACCAUGCUAGCAUGAAAUUCGCCGAAAACUCCAAGUCCGAACGAGGUCGUCAAUCGCCACCAAGAUCCAAAGAGGAAACCGUCGUUGUUGACGGAGUUUGAUUGUGGACGGUGCACGGCCGUGGCCAGUUUAAUAUUGUAAUCCUGGCCAGGAUAUGUAAGGAUGGAAGAAAAUCAGACAUGUGCUCGUACAAUUGAGCUCUACAAUAGUUUCAUCUGUCCUGGGUAGCUGUCUGGGAUAGAUAUAGUCUUAGAAGGUCGACCAAUUUAUAGCAAUGUUGAUUCCAGAGUUUUACAAUAUUAGAGUUGAUGCGCCAGAUGUUUAAUAGAAAUUGCAGUGAUUAGGAAUAAGAGUUACUCGGAGGAGGUUGUGCAUUACGUAGGUGGUGAGAUGGAAUAGAACGUAUCUGCAGUCUUCGA